CGCACAUAAGCAAGCGACGCAACCCGUGAUUACCCGUCUUUACAAGCCACACGAAGCCUUGCACACCAUCUUCACUAGCUCUUGCUGCAUCUCUGUCUCCAGGAAGUAAGAGCGGGUCAGCGGGACACCAACCGACGCAGAGCAGAGCAGAGCAGAGAGGAAGCCAGAAGCGAGCGUCUGCGGCAAGAAGAAUCAAGAUGGGCAAGGAGCAGCGGCAGGAGUCGCCGCCGAUGCUUCUCGUCGUGGCUCUCGCCGCCGUCUUCCUGUGCUCGUGCCCCGCCGCCGUCUCCGCUCGUAAGGUGGGGGAGACGUGCGCGCUGGGGCGGAACUGCGACGCGGGGCUGCACUGCGAGACGUGCGUGGCCGACGGCAACGUGCGCCCCCGCUGCACCCGCGUCACCCCCGUCGACCCUCAGACCAAGGACCGGGGGCUGCCGUUCAACCGCUACUCGUGGCUGACGACGCACAACUCGUUCGCGCGCCUGGGCACCCGCUCCCAGACGGGGACGGCCAUCGCCACGGCAUGGAACCAGCAGGACACCGUCACCCAGCAGCUCAACAACGGCGUGCGAGGGCUGAUGCUGGACAUGUACGACUUCCGGAACGACAUCUGGCUCUGCCACUCCUACGGCGGCGCCUGCCAAAACUUCACCGCCUUCACGCCGGCGGUGGACGUGCUCCGGGAGAUCGAGGCGUUCCUGGCGGCGAACCCGUCGGAGGUGGUGACCAUAUUCAUCGAGGACUACGUGGAGUCGCCGCGGGGGCUGACCCGGGUCUUCAACGCCUCCGGCCUGACGCGUUACCUGUUCCCGGCGUGGCGGAUGCCCAAGAACGGCGGCGACUGGCCGCUGCUGGGCGACAUGGUCCGCGACAACCACCGCCUGCUCGUCUUCACCUCCAGGUCCGCCAAGGAGGCCUCCGAGGGCUUCGCGCACGAGUGGCGCUACGUCGUCGAGAACCAGUAUGGGAGCAAAGGGAUGGUGAAGGGGUCGUGCCCGAACCGGGCCGAGUCGGCCGCCAUGAGCGACCUGUCCAGGUCGCUGGUGCUGGUCAACUACUUCCGGGACCUCCCAAACUUCCCGGAGGCGUGCAAGGACAACUCGGCGCAGCUGCUGGCCAUGCUCGACGCCUGCCACGCCGCCGCCGGGAACCGAUGGGCGAACUUCGUCGCCGUCGAUUUCUACAAAAGAAGCGAUGGCGGCGGCGCGGCGGAGGCCACAGACAAGGCCAACGGCGGGCUGGUUUGUGGAUGCGGGAGCAUCGCUGCUUGCAAUGUGAAUGGUACGUGCACGCCGUCCAGGCACCGGGCCACGCCCAAAGGCAUCUUCAACAAGACCUCGGACGCGGCGUCGUGGCGGCCGCCGGCGAUGUUGCUGCCAGCCGCUCUCAUUGUUUCACUCUUGUGCUUGUGAAGGAUCGUAGACUCUUCUCUAGAGUACAAAUACAUAGGUUAGCCCGUACUCACUCGACAAGUAUUUAGGAAUAUUUAAGAACGGAGUGAGUACUAAUUUAAGUCCACGGUUCAGAUACGUAGCGGUGAUGGCUUUCUUGAAUAUGGAUGGCUUUCUUGAAUAUGAAUCUCUGACUUACGACAAAAUUGCAAAUAUAAAAUAGAGUACUCUUUCUCA